UUGUUAUCUCAAUGUUAACCUGGCUACCGUCCAGUGAUACUGUUACACUUAGCUGAGAAUUAACUCUUAUACCUAUGUUUUAAAAAUGGUUGGAAAAAGUGCGCAAAGAGUGAUUAUCUGGAUAUUCAAUAUCAUAUUGGCGGUUUUCAUAUGGCCUAUAGUGCUUUUAGUAUCCUCAAUAUUUACUAAUAUUGAAAGUUGCCGACGAAAAACGGAAAAAUCUAUUAAAAAUGAAGUGGCCGUUGUCACUGGUUCAGCAAGUGGGCUGGGUAAACACAUAGCCAUACAAUUGGCCGCCAGGGGAUGCCAUGUCGCAAUAUGUGACAUUAAUUUCGAUUUGGCUGUGACGACAGCGCGAGAAAUAGCCGAAAAAUAUGGUGUCAAAGCAAAAGCUUAUAAGGUGGACGUCAGCAAAUACGAUGAAAUUGUGAAACUCAAUGGCAAACUAACAAAUGAAAUAGGUGCCGCCACUAUACUCGUGAAUAAUGCGGGGUUGUUGUUCCAUGCGGAUAGGAUAAAGCCCACAGUCGAAGAAAUUCAAGCGAUGAUAAAUGUUAAUUAUACUUCACAUUUCUGGACAAAUCGUGUGUUCAUGGAGAAUAUGAGGCGUGCCAAGAAAGGGUAUAUUAUGGCCAUAUGCUCUGUAGCCGGUCUACAGGUAUUGGCCACAGAGCGAACCGAUAGUUAG